AUGCGUUUUGCCGCCAUCGUCUCUUUCCUGCUGCCCCUCGUGGCAGCAAAGCCUGCUCAGAAGGGCAAGACUUUCAGCAACGUUGAGAUCUUUGAUCCUCCUACCAAUUACAGAGAUCCUCAGGUCCUCUACGCCCGUCCUCUUGAGCUGUCAGACGGCACCCUGCUCGGCACCUGGGAGAACUACUCCCCCGAGCCUCCAAAUGUGUGGUUUCCAAUUGUUAAGAGCAAGGACGGUGGCAAGACUUGGAAGGAGAUUUCCAAGGUCAAAGACACCCAGAACAACUGGGGUUUGCGAUACCAACCCCAGCUGUAUGAGCUUCCCCGUGCCUUUGGAAAAUACCCCAAGGGAACUGUUCUUUGCUCUGGCAGCAGUAUCCCUUCCGACCUUAGCGAGACUCUCAUCGAGGUCUAUGCUAGUCGCGACAAGGGUUACACUUGGGAGUUUGUCAGCCAUGUUGCUCUUGGUGGCGAAGCUCUGCCCAACCCUGGCCUCACUCCCGUCUGGGAGCCUUUCCUGAUGACCUACAAGGAGAAGCUUAUCCUCUACUACUCUGACCAGCGCGACAACGCCACUCACUCGCAAAAGCUUGUCCACCAAACCACCACCGAUCUCAAGAAGUGGUCCAAGGUUGUUGACGACACCAAGUAUGCCGACUACUACGCCCGUCCCGGUAUGCCUACUGUCGCCAAGCUGCCCAACAACGAGUACAUCUACGUCUACGAGUACGGCGGUGGCCCUAACCCUCCUGCUGGAAGUGACUACUGGUUCCCCGUCUACUACCGUCUUUCUAAGGAUCCCCAGAAGUUCCUCAACAAGGCUCACCACCAGAUUGUUUCCAACGACGGAACCACCCCUGCUGGCUCUCCCUACGUGGUCUGGACUCCUUAUGGUGGCAAGAAUGGUACCAUUGUUGUUAGCUGCGGUACUCGAUCUGAGAUCUUCACCAACCAGGCUCUUGGUGACGCAUCUGCUUGGAAGAAGUGGGAUGUUCCUCAGCCAACUGCCUAUACCCGUUCUCUCCUUUCUUUCCAGAAGGAUCCGGAUCUGCUCAUGAUUAUGGGCGCUGGUAUCUUGCCCCCAGCAGGUGGUAAAAACACUGUUAGCACUAGUGUUGUCCGAUUGUCUGAGGUUAUGAAGGCUUAG